UCAUUUGUUCGUGAUGGCCUAGCCGUAUUUCACAGAUCAAGUGCGUUACAUAGACAACGUCCACACUACGAAGCAGUUAAAGAAGUAUCUUUGACGUACUCUAACUCUGAAAAUAGCAUUCAGCUCUAAUUUUGGGGUGAUAAUGAAAAAUUGGACUAAGGUGUUUCCAGCUGUCUUCAUCGGAGCUGUUGUCGCAAAUUUCAUCACUGUGUCAGCCAAUGAUAACUCUUCUACAGAGGAAGACGAAUCGAAGAUCGAAUGGUACCUAAAUCUAACAAUAACUUGGAUUGCCAAACCACCGUAUGUCGCUCGACCCACCAAUGGAUCUAUAGACAGCGGGGCUCAGGGACUGAUCCGAGAUACGCUUUUACGAUACAUGACGUUUGAAUGCGGUAUUCUUCAUGGCAUCGAAUACCAAGUAGAAGACCGCCAAGUUAACAGUGAAUAUGAAAUGAUCGCACUUCUGAGGCAAAACAAAGUCCACGUUGCAGCUCCUAUAUUUGAGCCAAAAGGAGACAGACACUACAGCGAGUUCCCAUUUUUCAAAGUCGUUGAUUAUCCAGGAACAGACUACAUUACCACUGAAGAAGGGAACAACAGGAUCAGCUAUGUUUUGGAUGCCGUUCUGAAGUCUUGGCCACUGCUAGCUGUUACUCUGGUCCUGACAGCCAUUUCAGGAGUUGUUAUGUGGGCUUUGGACACUUACUGGAAUAGUGAAGAGUUUCCACGUUCAUUCAUCAAAGGCUCAUGGGAUGGAUUUUGGUGGUCUUUUAUUUCGAUGACCACAGUAGGGUAUGGUGACAAAUCUCCCAAAUCAGUUCCUGCACGGAUAUUCUCCAUUGUUUGGAUUCUCGUGGGCCUGAUUGUUAUGGCAAUCUUUACAGCGAACGUCACUUCAGCCCUGACGGCUCUUUCCCUGGAAACCGAACCAAGUAGCUUUGCUAAUAAGAAAGUUGCAGUUAUAGGAAAUGGGACAGAGUACCAACAUGCACUACAGGAGGAGGCUGAACCAAUAGUGCGCAACAGUAUCGAAGACGCUGUUAAAGAUGUGCAGUCCCAGAAAGUCGAUGGAUUAUUCAUAGAUAACUACGCAAACACCUUUUACCACUCAAGAGAAAAACUGAAAACGCUUCUCACCGUCAAGAAAUUGGAACUUCAAAGAGAUGUCGGGGUUCUCUUUUCAAAGGACAGAAAAUACCUGGCAGAUUGCUUAAAUUAUCAGCGUUCCACCAUUUUGAGGUCGGCUCAAACCAUCACUGCAACAUAUAAGUCCACCAAAAGUAAUCCAGCCAAACAAUUCAGUUUGUUUGACGAUUCUUCCAGCUUUGUUAAAAUACUCCUGUACAUUUUGCUUGGAGUAUUGGCGGGAAUGCUUUGUAUUGGAGUAAUAUGGGACUUACUUAUCAGGAAGAAGUCUGGCAAGCAGCAAAAUUCCAUGAUAGAGUGGCAAGCUGAAAACAAAGGAAUGGCGUUAACUGAGAGAGAAAGUAUUCUCAACGACUUUGAAGUAGCCAAAAGACUUCUUAAACAAAUGCAAGAUCACUUUACAACACUGGAAUCAAAGGUUUCAAAAAUUCGGGAUAACCAGUAAACGGUGCGUUCAGUGGGAUUUGCAAGUUAUGAAUCAUGCAACACGUGUACAGGUUCAAAAAAUAUCUAGAUUGCAUAUCUAUGUAUGUACGGAUUUCACUCCAAAGGCAGAUAAUAUUUAACAUCUGUGUAAGAGGAUAAAGUUAGGACAGCAUUAUCUACCUAUCUAUUGCAACUUGAUGGAAAUUUCUGAAAUGAAGUGAGCUUGUAUGUUAAAGCAAUCGUACUGGAAAAUAGCUAUCGUGUAUGAUUUCGUCAUUUGCUAACUGAAUUUUUCUGGCUCUUCCCCAGCUUCUUGCUCAACUUCCUUUAAACUAAUCCUCAUUAUAUCUAUCAAUCUGCAUCUUCACAUUUUGGCUUGGGGUGAAGUUAUCUAUUCUCACGUUAACUUACAGAUAUCUUAUUACUUUCACUGAAAUUAAGAACUUAGCGAAUGCAAAUUAUCGCCGGAUCUCUUUGAAGUUUUCAAAUUCUUGUAUUAGUCCAAAAUUUAGCCUUUUUCUUCAAUAAUUUUUUCACCCCUUUUUUCAUAUUAAAAAACCUAACGUAGCUUAUUAUUUCAUCGUUGUCUCUCAUAAUCGGUUCAAUAGUAAACAACAAAGUCUUUGUUAAGUUCUUACUUAGUUAAAAUGCAUUGAAUUUUGUCGUUUCAUUAGUUCAAUAGUUCAGGUAGUCCAGCUGCGUGCAUCCAGCGGCAGCGACGAGACUACCAUAAGGCCUUGCGAAGAGGGAAUGGUUGAUAAUUUUAACUGGAGGCCAAUUCGACCGUAGAGGUGACUUAGCGAGAUUAAAAACACACUUGGCUACUAUCCUAUACACAAGCAACUGCGUUUAUCUAUUACUCCUUGCACAAUAGAAUGGAAAUUACGUAAAAUACGAAUAUAUUUAUGUUCACAUAACACUUAGUGGAAAAAAGAAAAAAGAAAUGAAUAUCUGCUCAAAGUCAUUAAACCGAAUAUGAAUUAAAUGCUAAUGAUUUUUAGAACUAAUACAAAAUUUCCUAUUUCU